AUCAUUAAUAUUUUUUAAUGAAUUUCUCUUUCCUCUAAUUUUAGCCCAAGAGCCUCGAGCAACAACAACUUGUCGAGGCGCAGCAGCUCCUGCAGCAACUUGA